AUGGAAAAUGGGACCAUGUCUUCUUCUUUUUAUUUCACUUUGUUCAAGGAGUUUGUACACAUCAGAUAUGUCAUCCUAACCCUGACACUUACAGUGUAUUUGGCAAUUAUAGUAUGCAAUGCCAUCAUUUUGUUUGUGGUGUUUAAAGAGAGAUCUCUUCAUGAACCAAUGUACAUACUGAUAUCUUGUUUGUCUGUCAACGAUCUCUAUGGCUCCGCUGGUUUCUUUCCCAGGUUAAUUGCUGAUCUCCUUUCUGAUACAAAUGCUAUAUCUAGGCCAGCAUGUUUCGUUCAGAUAUUCACUAUUUAUUCUUAUGCGAUGUCUGAAUAUACUAUAUUGACCCUGAUGGCAUAUGACAGAUAUGUUGCUAUAUGUAAUCCUUUGAAGUAUCACAAAAUCAUGAGUUUAAGAUUAACAGCUCGGUACAUGGCCAUGGCAUCGUUUUGUGUGGUUUUUUCCAUGGCUCUCGUUAUUUUCUUUUCAGCCAAGUUGCCUUUGUGUGGGACCGAUGUGACUCGACUGUAUUGCUCCAACUGGUCUGUGGUUCGACUCUCUUGCGGGACUUCGACUUUGAGUAACAACAUAUUAGGGUUUUUUGUCACAACCGCAACUGUUUUUCUCCCUGCCUUCUUCAUUCUAUAUACAUACAUCCGUAUUUUAAUUAUUUGUCAAAAAAGCUCCAAAGAAUUUAAAGGCAAGGCGCUGCAAACGUGUCUACCUCACAUUGUGAGCUUUGUUAACUACUCUAUAGCAUCGUUUUGUGAUAUUGCUCUAAGUCGAAAUGAUUCAGACAAAAUCAAGAUAUUGACAAUCAUAUUUUCAGUUGAAUUCCUGGUUAUUCCUCCUGUUCUCAAUCCUCUAAUUUAUGGGCUAAAUUUGCCAGAAAUUCGCAAAAAAAUUGCAUGCUUGUUUCGAAGGUCAAAAAUUGGCCAUUUUAUUGAAUAA